AUUAAAUUUAAUUAUUACUAAAGGCAGAGCAAGAGGUGGUUUGAACUGCUAAUAUCUUAUAGAUAAUGAUUAGUUAUGAGGUGAUUUCAUCAAAGAUUUAAUUUAAUUCUUGGAAUAGCAUGUUUGAUGCUAUUAUUCUCGUUUUUGAUGAAAAGUACUUGAAUAUUUGGGAAAGUGAUGAAAUGGUUUGGUAAGGACAUAAACUUGGAGAAUUGGGGAAAUUGAGAAAAAAAAUGGGAAAAUCAAUGAAUCUUUAAAGUUAUAUGAGAUUUAAGAGAUUUAUUGGUUUGAAACUAGUAUGAAUGAUAUGU